AAUUAAUUACUGGAUGGCGAAAGUCGGGCUUCAUAUCCACUUGAGAUGCUGAGACACACUUGCCACUGGCCGCAUCGUCAGCGAGACAUCUUCCUUUCAAAGGACCUGCGAGCUCAGUGCUCGCGCUUGUAAACCACGAGGAGCACGAGGGAGGAACUCAGCAUGGACAGGUCUGCAGAGUCUUGGAUCGGACUUCUGUUCUUUGCCUGGAUCGUCCAAACCAACGGUGACGCUGCGCAGCCUGUUUGCGUCACUUCCGGUCAAGACGCUACUCUCACCUGGCAGCUCCUGUCGAGGCACCUGUGGCACGGAGUGAUUGUGAUUUCUUUGGACAAUCCACAGAACAUCGUCUUCAUGGCCUCGCUCGUAGGGAACCAGUUGGUCAACCCAUUGCUGAUGAGUGGAUAUCAGGAUACGGUCAACGUUUCUGACACGCUCAUCGACGGUUACAUCCGGGUCUCCAUCUCCAACGUCACUGCAAGGCAUGCUGGGACCUACCUCUGUCUGAGAGGCCUGUCUGGGAAAGAUAUCAUUCCCAACUGCGGUCAGAGGUUGAAUGUUAUAGAAGCGCCGCAAGAAGCGAGAGUCACUGCCCUUGGCGUGGCUGUCGAGGGCCACAACCUCACGCUUCGCUGCACAGCGUCAAGUGCCAGCAAGCCACGUGACCAACAUAGACCAAUGGUGUUUCGCUGGUUUGACAGCGCGGAUGGGGACGGACGCGCCGUCAGUGAAAUCAUCCCCGCUGAUCACCUCAAUGCUUCAAGUGCAGAAACAUCGGAACCAAAGCCAGUGGCACUGGGUCCUGCUGACGGGGUUGACGAACAUUCAGCAUCUCGCAUCAACCUCACGAGCCAAACGAUAACUCUGCAGUUCACUCGGAAGUCUGACGAGGGACGUCAGUUUGCUUGCAGCGCGUCAGAAGGGCUGGGACUGUGGUCGGAGUGGAGUGACCGGUACACCGUACAUCUACAGGGGGCUCCAUCUGCAGAGGACCUGAGGCUCGACCCGCCUGACGGGACCAUUGACCUCACUUCCGGGAGUUCGGUGAAUCUUACCUGCAGUGUAUCAACUUGUCGUCCAGCGUGUGACAUCACGUGGGAAAAGGUCAUUUCCAAGAAAACAUCGAUACCUUUACAAAAGGGUCACACUUUGACCUUAAAAAACGUCAGCCUGGUGGAAGAAGGCGUGUACGCAUGCGCGGCCAGUAAUGAGCACGGCCGUGUCUCCAAAACCAUAGUCGUCCAUGUAGUAGGAAAAGAAGAGUCUUCAAGCAGUGAGCCGUUGAUUUCCGAUCACAACCGGUUGGCCGUGAUUCUCGUCGUCGUGUCGACGAUUGGGUUGGCGCUGGGCAUCACGGGGGUGGCGUACAUCGUGUACACCUGGCGGAGACAGCGACAGCAGCAUCCCGCCAGGUGGCGUCCGCGGCGCCUAGGAUCAGACGUGGUUCCCUUGUCGUCCAUGAAACGGGUUUGGAACGUGGAAGACGGAGCACACCCUUCUCCUUCCGCUGCCUUUUACUUUCCCUGAUAAAAUUAUCUCCUCGCAACGGCUGGCUGAGGAAAGUUAUCUUUCAUGUGGCCAGGAACUCAACGACGCUGGCAUCACAGAUAGGUCUGUGCAUCUUACCAUAGCUGGGAGUGUGGAGAGAUAUUUGACAAAUGUGUGAUACAUAUACCGUUUUUUAAAAAAUUUUAAACUCUUUAGAAAUAACCCGGAUGUAAUUUUGCGCUCAACACCUGAUCAAGUACACAUAGACCCUAACAGAAUGGCUAUAGGUUUCAUUUUUAUUUCACCAGACAGUAAUAAAGUCCCCCAAUUUUCGUGCACAGUUAUCUAAACAAUGGUGCAUCCCACGAUUAGUAAUUAGCCAUUCUGAAAUUAUUUUAAAAAAUCAUUAUUGAAUAACAUUGUUUCUGAGUUCAAAGAGGUAAUGUUAUUAUCGUAUAUUAUAGUGUCAUAUAAACUUGAUUUUGUCAGGAUUUGUUUUAAAUCAAAAGUAGCGAAACUUUUUCCUUGUUUUAUGUAGAAAAAAGAGAAACCUCGAUCAUAAGAAGCCAUUUUAAUGUCCAAAGA